UACGAAGCGGAACUUUAUCGACAUCCGGUGGACUGUCGGGCCUUUGUUGAAGACGGACCGGAAACAGCGUGAGGUUACCGAAGUCUGUUCUGAAGUCUUGCACCUGAUCCGUCCCUAAAAAGUCCUCGGAGCUGUCUGCGCAGCACAGUCAAGAUGUUGAGAAGUGCCUCAGCACAGAUCUUCAGACAGGUGGUGCGAUACAGAAGCACAGACACCAGCCUCAUCCUGGAGAGAUCGAUAAACCGUGUGCAGCUGUUAGGCCGAGUGGGUCAGGACCCAGUGAUGAGACAAGUGGAGGGUCGUAACCCGGUUACCAUCUUCUCCUUAGCAACCAAUGAAAUGUGGCGGUCUGGAGACGGAGAGAUGAGUGCAACAGGUGACAUCAGUCAGAAGACGACGUGGCAUCGCGUGUCGGUGUUCAAACCUGGUUUGAGAGACGUGGCCUACCAGUACGUCAAGAAAGGGUCAAGGAUUCUCGUAGAGGGGAAACUGGACUACGGAGAAUAUGUGGACAAGAACCAAGUCAGACGCCAGGCCACCACCAUCAUCGCAGACAACAUCGUCUUCCUGAGCGACAACAUUCGAGACAGAACUUGAAGCACUUUGUCCUUUGUCACCACCCAACAACAAGUCCACUUCUUUUUGUAUUCUCUACAAAAUAAAGACUGAGGACCUGAACGCCACCAAGUAAAGGAACUGACUUACCCAAGGAGAAGGGGGACAGAAUAUGUUGUGACACUCCGGUCAUGUUUGACUGUGACGCCUCCUGCAGACCUUGAGGCAUCAAGAGAAGCUGAAAAAGCCCACUUGUGUAGUAUAAAUACACGUACUGAUUAUGGUUUUAUUUGUGCUACUUGUACUGAACCGUUACAAAGAUACAGUUUAUGCCCUUUUUCCGUGUACUCAAGUUUUAUGUAUGAGAAUAAUGUUGGAAGUACGAGUUUGAGUCGAAAAUGUUUGAAGACUCAGUACAAGAUGUCGUAGACGUCGUAGCUCUGUUAAGAGCAACUCUUACUCGUGUCCUUAGACUAAGGUUAUUAUAGUUUUUCUUUGCAUUAGUUAAAACUCAAUAUAUCAGAAAUUGUUUCUAGGUGAGGAAGACUGUAAAUCAGGAGUCUCAAACUACCAGUCUGAUGGCCAGAUUUGUCCUUUUUAUAUGUUUACUAGGAACUGUUUGCAGCUGCAGGUUAAUCGUGGUCAUUUCAUGGGACUUGUUGACAAUAAGAAAAAUGUAGAUCAUCACCAGAAGAAAGUAUUUGUUCCUUCUUCUCACUUGUCUCUGUGUUAAAUGUCAGCUGUGACUUUUCUUCAUGCAAAUCUCUCGUAAAUGAAAGUUCAACUGGAGAGAAAUGUGCAUGUUUACUGAAAUGCUUGAGAGACCAGCAUGCAAAUUUAGAGGAAGCACGUUCAAUUAAAUUCAGCAUUUUUCUCCCUGUU